GUUUUAUAAAACAUAGCGUAACAGUGCAGUGAACCAAAACAGGAUCGAGAUCGUGGAAAAGAGAGGACCCAAAUGCUAGCUCCUCAGAAUUAAUACUCAGAAACUGCCGAAACAUAGGCAUGGAGUACUUAACUGUAAUUUUUCUAGUUACACUCCUGUGGGUCACCCCUGAAGCCUAUGCCGCACCUGUCGUGACAUCCAUCUCGCCGAGAGACGGAAGCGUAGCCGGUGGGACCAGGGUCUACAUCUAUGGCUCAGGUUUUGCAAGUGACCAGGAUGGGUCGGAUAAAGAUCCAAACAGAGGAAACCAUGUGUACUUCAGGACAACUGACGGAGUUCACACGAUUCCUUGUGUUGUGACAGACACAGACAUCUCUGAAACUAAGCUGUCAUGCGAAACAGGUGUCUCACCGAAUGGUGGUGACUACGAGACUGAGGUGGUCGUCGUCUCAGAGGGAGUAACGGUCGAAAGGCCAUGCAACGGCAGAUGUAUUUACUGGUAUCGUAACUCCAAGACACCAACACUUGAUGACUUCUUACCCCGGAACUCACUUCCAGGGCCUGUAACCUCGUAUCAUGGCAAAAUCUUCACAAAUCAGCUUAGCCGAAUUUCAAGCAACGCAGACCAAGCAUUCGACCCUAACAAGCCAGAGAUCACUAGAAUCUUCAUCGGUGAGCAUGUUGGAAACCCUUUUGAUGUCGCCAAUAACAUGGAGUUUGACUCUCAUAUUAACAACCAAGACGGAUAUUUCAAAAGCAAGGCUGCGGAUACUCACCCAGAAUCGCGAAGUGGGACCUACUUGGUCUCGGGUCUGGGGCGAGCAAAGGUUAAUAUCAACUUGAUGCAAGUAGACGCUGACCAGGACCUCUAUAUACAGCAGACGCAUGCACGUGUCCAUUCUGUGUUCCCCUCGUCCGGAAGCUUGGCCGGAGGCACGCUGCUUACAAUCCAGGGUCAAGGGUUUGGUAGGAACAGUAUACGAGUUGAAGUUGAUAUCGCCGGUGUGAAAUGCAACGUUGCUAGCGUCACCGACACAGAGAUCAAGUGUACGACCAACAGUCACGUCCAGAACAAACCGCUUUACGCAGGGGGUCGCGGUCUUCUGUGGGAAAUGUGGUCAGAAACAAAGCAAUCAACGGCAGCGGAAGUAGCGCAACUGACGUCAUCCGCAUCUGAUUAUACCACGUGGGUACUGACCAACAGCUCGUUACCAGACGUGACGCCAUUCAAUAGAUCUGAGGCGACGGGAUAUAGCUCGAGGGUCAGCGGUUUCUUUGUGGCUCCAUGGGAUGACCGGUACACUUUCUAUAUUAAGUGCGACGACAAGGCCGAGCUAUACCUGAGUCUGAACGGGGACCCAGCGAAUAAGACCAAAGUUGCCAACUGUCCUUCUUUUACCCGGUCCUGGACAAAAUGGGACUCGCAAAAGUCGGAUGACUUCAACCUCAAAAAAGGCCAGGAAGUCUACUUGUUAGCGCAUCACGUGGACACUGGAGGCUCCGGGCACGGCAUAGACAUCGGCGUCAAAGUGCGAGAUGUGAAACACCCCAGCUCGAAGUUAGGAGGAGCAACAAAAGAGGUGCAACAGCUCUACACUUGGUCCAAUGUAGUACCUGAGACACUGACCUUAAACCUAACCAAAGCUGCUGCGAGCUUCAACAUCCAAAUUGGAGAUAAGACCUCAGCAUCUAUUGAAACCUCUGUGACAGAAGAGGCCCUCCAGGAUGCUUUCAUUGACAUGUUCUCGGCCAAAUGCACGGGAUCAGUGUAUGGAUCCGGCGCCUGUGCCUCUGGUAUCGGUAACUUAGGGACAAAGUGCUGGUAUCACGAGGGAUUUGAGCGUUGGCCUGAGUACGGACAUGAGGGAGGGACGAAGACAAACGACUCCAUGCCAUUCUGUGGCCGAACGUCCAUCGAAAACCCACACCUCGUUUACCAUACUGGCACUACGAAGAAAUCAUCCAACGAUUAUGUCUCACGAUACGAACUCGACAUCUAUCCUUAUCUUUGUUUCGCGUACAAGGGACCAAUCAGAGAAUACAUCCAGAUGAGGCUUGAUUACACCGGGGAGAGCGGGCGCAAUGGAUUGGUCUACUACCCCUGGAUGAAGUUCGAGCGUGGUACUAUCAGCAAUAACUGGAAACACGUGUGCAUCAAUAUCUUGGAAAUAGUGAUCGCAGCUAACCCACCCGAUGCUCCUUCUUUGAAUAAAUAUUAUGUAGACUGGAUCAAGGUCUUCCGUGAACCCAAGACCUCGGAUACCUUUUACAUGGAUGAGCUUUGGAUUGGCAAAGAGAAGAAUACCAUGACACCAAGCAGUGCUCCAGCCAUGCCUGGUGGGCACCUCGUGCGCUCCUUCAAAGUUGAACAAGUGGCAGACAAAGUGUUCAAGACGUUUCUCACGCCGGCAAAAUGCGGUACCAACAUCCCGCUUAUAGGCAUUCAGAACGGAGUAACGCAAUCCAGCACUUCCAAUCAGAAGGUCAUCCAGCUUUCCGGUGGACUGGCAUCGUCAUACGUCACCGUGGAACGCACGGCACCAGCCAGCCCGCCAAUCACGGGGACUUUCAAUAUCACGUGCAGCGGGAAGACAAGCAUUGGACUCCCUGCCAAUGCUGAAGCAGACUAUGUCAAGGAACGCCUGGAAGAAACCUGCCCUGAGGAGGGUUUACUCACGGUCUACCGUUGGGGUCGCUGUGCCGCCUACACCUGGCAUAUUGAGUGGAACACGGUAGGAGGGGACCGCCCUCAGUUGACCGUGUCAGGUGAUCUUCAAGGCCAGUCGGUAUCCAUUGGUCAGCGGACUAUCACCGAAGGAAACUACUUCAUGAAACCGAUUCCUUCAGAGUUCCUUAGGUUGCCGUGCGAAAAAUCUCAGGUAUUCGUCAAGUCCUGGGGGAUCCCUAGUGCAGGCAAUUGCAGUGAGAGUCUAUUUGAGUUCACAUCAGAGGCAACACCAACGCUAACCUCAGUUUCACCGACCAAUAUAUCGGCGGGCAAUGAGCUAACGUUAACUGGUACCGGGUUCUCCACUGAUUGCUCCAAAAACUCGGUUCUGAUUGGCUCGACGAAUUGUUCAGUCACGACAUGCUCUGAGACGGAAAUCAAAUGUACUGUAGGAUCGGGAGACGGAGGUGUGCAAACUGUACGUGUUAUAGUGGAGGAUAAAGGGAACGCUCAAGAAAGGUCUGCGCGAAAACGACGUUCCGUAAGCCCUUCACAUGUACCAUUUACUACUAUCAAUGUUGUCCCCACCGUAUCUGAUGUUUCCCCUAAUCGAGGAAGCACGUCGGGGGGAACGGUGAUUACUUUAACAGGGCAGAGCUUUGGUACCACCCUCUCAACAGUAUCUGUGUCUAUUGGCGGGUCAGCGUGCACCGUGAUUGAGGUCUCCAUUACGUCACUCAGGUGUCGCACAUCUGCGCGUGCGGCAGGUGUGGUUACAGUGUCCGCAACAGUGUCUGGGGUCACUGCAUCUAAAGACAGUGCCUUUACAUACGAUGCCGCCCUUACACCUACCGUCACAGACAUCACACCAAUAAGCGGGAAAGUAACGGGUGGAACCAAUCUGACCAUCACGGGUACUGAUUUUGGCACUGACAGCGGCGUUAAGAUAAUGAUUGGCGCAAAGGAGUGCGUUCGUAUUUCAAAUACGGACACGCAGAUAAAGUGCACAGUACCAAUGUCUGAAGCAGGAAGUUUCCCGAUUACGAUUGAGAUCCCAAAUAAAGGAUUCUCCUUGAUCCCCGGAGAGUUUGCAAACUUUGAGUACAAGCUUAAGAUCACAAGCAUUUCGCCUCAGUCCGGCUCAAUGGCGGGAGGAACCGAACUGACAAUCAACGGUGAAGGAUUCAGUGCAGAUUUGGCGGGAAAUGUCGUGACUGUUGGCGGGAAACCUUGUCGCGUAACAGCUGCUUCCGAGACUAGUGUGACUUGCGUGACCCCUGAUAGCUUCAAGACUGUCACUGUAGACAAUUCGGGACGUCACGACAAAUUUGGUCUCGGUUACGGCUGGAGUCCAAAAUUGGUACUGAUCACCCAGGGAGACACCGUCAAGUGGAAAUGGUCGACACAAGCAUUUUCAAACAUUCAGUACCAGGUCUGCUCGUCCAACGAGGCCAACCCCGCAGUGUGUGACGGGAAUGUUUUCAAAAGCAUGCGCAGUAAAAUUGGCACCUUCUCUCACAAGUUCUCUAGAACAGGAGCGUACAGCUAUACUAGCGGGCCCGUAGAUGUUAAUGAGAACAUAAUAAUGAACGGCAAGGUAGAGGUUGAUGAGUUCGUUUCUGAAGAGCAGCCUAUCAAACUCACUGUUGAAGGCUAUUCAGCAAUCUGUGCUGCCUCAAGGCAAGCGGCUGCAUCUUCUACAAGCUGCUCGUCUGGAGUCACAACCGCUAUUCCCGGUUGCGAUACCGGAAGUUUCAUGGCAGUCAGCGCGGUCUCAGGAAGCUGUCUCACAUUUCAAUACCGGAAAUGCCACACCCCAAUUGUCACAAGCGUAUCUCCAAAUAACGGCACUAGUCAGGAUGUUAUAACCAUCACCGGAAGUGGAUUCAGCGUCACGCAAUGCCAAAAUAAUGUCAAGUUCGGUGAUCAUGUGUGCAAUAUUGUCUCCAGCACUGAGACAAAAAUCACGUGCAAGCUUGACGUCAGCAAAACGCCAGCGCCGGGUAUUGAACUUCCGGUCGAAGUGACCGUGACAAACCGCGGUCACGCAUUCGUGCAUCCCGUGACUGGGACGAAGGCGUCUUUUGUUUUGUACCCUCGCGUUGCAUCUAUCAGCCCAAUCUCCGGGUCAGAACAAGGGGGGACACGUUUGACCGUGACAGGGGACGGCUUCGCUACUGAUGCGAAAGGUAACACCGUCACGCUUUCCACGUCCCAGUGUAUUGUCAAGUCCGCAACGUAUACAAGCCUUGUUUGUGUGACACCACUUAAGCCUGGUGCCGUGACUGUUGCUGAUGUGACAAAUACAGUCGGUGGAGUCCAAAGUGCAUGCGCAGGGAAUGAAUGCAAAUUCACAUACUCUAGUGCGCAUACUCCUGCUGUUACCAGUACUUCCGGUACGACCAUGAAUACUCCAAACCAUGAGCUGACUUUCACCGGAACUGGAUUCUCGUCAAAUACAGCAGACAUUACGAUAACCGUUGGGACCACUUUCUGUUCCGUGACUUCCGCUUCCACCACUUCCGUCACAUGCCAGAUUGUGGGAUUAACUAUUGGCAAUCAUGACGUCAAACUUUAUGUGAACAAUAAGGGCUUUGCCCGCUUCGACCAAGCAACGUCCGUGACAAGUAGUGCAAAUAUCAUAAGCGUGACUCCAACGGAGACUGGUAUCAACGGAGGUGUUCGUAUCACGCUUGUUGGAAAUGGCUUUAAAGAUGGUGUGACUGUCACGGUGGGUGGUACUAAAACUACCGUCGCUAGCGUGACGGUUUCCGAGAUCGUGAUUAUCACGCCCCCUCACGCAUGCGCUUCAUCCUGUGACAAGACGCUGGUGCUGACAGUUGAUGGGGUUACCUUUCCAAAUAAGGUCAUCACGUACAAGGAUUCACUCACGCCAGUUGUCUCAUCCGUCUCGUUACCUGCUCGCAGGAGACGGCGGUCGCAAGUUUCCAGCUCGGUAAUAGCAGGUGGCCAGUCUUUGACUAUCACCGGAAACUUCCCUGGAGCCUCGACUUCAAGCGUUUUAGUCACGCUUGGUGACUACGUCUGUGAGGUCACGCAAGCCACAGCUUCAAGCAUUGUCUGCAUAGUUCCUGAGAAGCCUGCCGGAGUCUACCCCUUGAAUAUUCUAAUUGGAUCUGGAGGUUGGGCCACAUCUUCAAUUAAAGUGACUAUAGAGCUUUCGAUAGAUUCGGUGAACCCUGCGGACAGUGGGUACGGUGGUGGUCGCAGCAUAGUGGUGACCGGGAAAGGGUUCAGCGACUCCACCCUCAUCACAGUGUGUGGAACCUCAUGUCCACUCACUCUAGGAUUCAGCAUCACCAACACCCAAAUCUCCUGCGACGUCCCUCCGCACGCAAAGCAGGCCGGGGACACCGCAUGCGCAGUAGAAGUCACAUCUGGGGAUGUCACUCAGACCCUGUCAAAUGCCUUCACUUAUAAAUCCUCCAUGACGUCAGAGAUCACAUCAGUGUCCCCGUCACGUGGAGGCACAGGCGGUGGCGUGACUUUGACUAUUUCCGGUUCCGGUUUCAGCACUACGCCCAGUGGUAACAAGGUUACGAUAGACGGUACCGUGUGUACUGUUAAUUCCGCUACUGCUACUACUAUCACGUGUGUUACUGGGGCGCAUAGUCGGACCAUUAAGACGGAAGUGCGUGUAGAGGUGGGGUCUAACGGCAUCGCCCUAAUGACCGCUGCAGGCUUCUGGUACGUGGACGUCUGGUCGUCUCCGUACUCGUGGGGCGGAGGGCCAAUCCCGGGUCUCGGUGCAUUUGUAAUCAUCAAGAAAGGCCAGACGAUGCUGAUCGACAUAGACACAGCCGUUCUAAAGAUGUUGUUGAUCCAGGGAGGGACGGUGAUGUUUGACGACUCGCGUGACAUUAACUUACACGCCGAGUACAUCCUGAUAACAGACGACGGGAAACUGCAGGUCGGCACUGAGGCUGAACCCUUCCAGCACGAAGGUACCAUUACGCUUUACGGCCAUCAGCUAUGCACAGAGCUCCCUGUGUACGGCUGCAAAGUGAUAGCGGUACGUAAAGGCACGCUGGAUCUUCACGGACGUCACGUUCAAUACACGUGGACACGGCUCAGCCAAACAGCGGCCGCUGGAGACUCCGAGCUGCAUCUACAGCUUCCGGUCUCUUGGAAGGCCGGUGAUAAAGUCGUGAUCGCGUCAACAAGUAGAUCUCAAGAGGAGAAUGAAGAACUUGAGAUAACUGGAGUCAGCAACGGCGGAAAGACCAUUCAGGUGACACCACCCUUGAAGUACAGGCAUAUAUCGAUUGAGCAGACAAUUGGCGGUCGUGUGAUCGAGACUCGGGCGGAAAUCGGCCUUCUUACUCGUAACGUGCGUGUAAUCGGUGCUCGGCGCGUGGAAUGGAACGAUCCUAUCCCGGAAUGCCCGCAUGACUUCGAGGCAGGACAAUUUAAAAAGCAGACCUGCUUCCGUGGGAAAUUUGGCGCUGAGAUUGAAACCGACGGAAUGGGUGCGACAAUCAUGUUUCACGGCCCCAAUGAAGGUGACAUAACAGGAAGGUUUAGUUACGUUGAGCUUGAGAAUGUCGGGCAGCUGUUCCGUCUUGGAAGAUACCCCAUUCACUUCCACAUGAUGGGAAGCAUCAAGGGAUCAUAUGUUCGGGGAUGCGCCAUCUACCACAGUCAUCAUCGCGCCGUUACCUUGCACGGGGUCAACGAAGCCGUCGUGGAACACAACGUUGUCUAUGACAUAAAAGGUAACGCCGUGUUUAUGGAAGAUGGAGCUGAGGAGCUAAACGUGGUUAUCUAUAACUUAGGGAUCUUCGUCACACCAUCAACCUCUGGUCUUAACGUCGACAUUACACCUGCAACGUUCUGGGUGACCAAUGCAAACAACACAGUAAGUCAUAACGCCGCCGCAGGAGGCAGCCACUUCGGGUUUUGGUACCAGAUGUUUGAGCACCCCGAGGGGCCGUCAUUUGACAAAAAUAUCUGCCCAAGAAAUAUUCCAAUGCUUGAGUUUUAUAAUAACACUGCACACUCCUUCGGACGCUAUGGACUCUGGGUCUUUCCAACUUAUCACCCAAAGAAAGGAGGCAAGUGCGACUCUAAGGAAAAUGAACCAGCAGUAUUUAAAAAGUUCGUGUCUUGGAAUAAUAUGCGUGGGGCCGAAGCAGUCGAAGUAGGAGCCGUCCAGUUUGAUUGCUUUGAUACUUUGGAUAACGAUGUUGCUGGCAUUGAAUUUGUAUUUGCUGACAUGAAAGAUAACCACUGGGGUGGACCAAAGAUUAGUAAUUCUCUGAUUGCAAGCCACACUCCAGGCCUUCGCCAGGGAUCUGAUUGCACCGACGCUGGUAUCCGCACCCCUCAGACACACAACCUCGUCAUAUCAAAUGUCACUUUUGUAAACUUUAACACGCCUUCGUGCAAAUGUGCGGCGCUUAAACAUUGUGCCCAAUGUAAGGAGUUCAAAAAGAGGGGAGGAUUUGCUUACAGAGUCGUAAACCUAAAAUGGGUGGAUUCACCUUGCAAGGCACAUUUCCAAUGGAAGUUUGAGACAGUCGUCGAAGAUCUUGAUGGCUCACUGACCGGUUUUGAUGGUGGAAUUGCAGUCCCCACAAACAGUCUCCUCCCCCAGUCUAAAUGCUCGUCCAGUGCGGAGGUUAGCCAUGGUGAAGUUCCGGGAAGUUACUGUGAAGGUCCUAUAAACCUCAGACGGUUUGCGCUAAACAACGUAUCGCCUACCUCUCUGAAAGCCAAGUAUCUUAGCGUGACAAAUCAGUAUGGUACAGAGCUGGUGCCAUUCCACGAAAAAGACCACACUCAUCCGUUGGGCCACCAGUUGUCUUUACUCAUGAAGGAAGACUACCUUAUGUCUUACGUUGGCGGUGAACAAAUCACAAAUAUCUCAUACACAGGUAAGAUCUUCGAGCCACAUGAGAGCGAAUAUGCAAGAAUAUCACACCAACUUCAUCAGCGUCCAGAUCACUUCGAGACCACGGGAGUUUUUCAAAGUAUGACUGAUGUCACGCCACCAGUCGAUGCUAAUCACGGUGCAUGGUGCUUUAAGGACGACACUAAAGUAUUCGAGUACAUAUUGUCUGGUCACGGUAACACUCGCACCCUUAACGGUAACUACAACGACCGAACGGUGCGUCCGCGCUUGUACGCGUGUUUUUAUCCGGGCUGCGUGAAGCCUACGCUUCCACCUUUGCCUGAAGGUCGCCCCUCCAUCUUCCAGUUGUGGUGGACGAACUCUGAUUGGCCAACUGGAGAACUCCCUGCCGCUGAGACUGACGUCGAGAUCGCAGCAUCCAAGUGGGUUGUAGUUCGGCAGUCACCUCGUCCAAUGAAUAAGCUUAUAGUUUACGGUGUCUUGGAAAUUGAAUGUGGUGCUGAUAUCGUCAUUAAUGCUACCUACAUAGUUGUUUACGGUGGCUUUAUUGUGGGCUUCCCGGAUCAGAGAUGUAAUAGCAAAGUUGUUAUCUCACUUCGAGGGUCACACUCGAUGGACAUUACUCAGAUAGAGGGGGGUCCCAAGACGAGUCCAAAAUCCUUAACAGUGCUCGGGUACAUUAAACUUCACGGCCCCGAUAAACAGGUGUAUUGGACCCAGCUUGCUUCACCCGCGGAUGUCGGAGCAAAUGCUAUCACCCUCGUUAAAGCGGUCGAUUGGGCUGUUGGAGACGAGAUUGUGGUUGCUUCCACUACAGUGGAAACUCGUCAAACCGAAGUCUUUAAGAUCACCGCAAUUUCCAGCGAUAAGAUGACCUUAACAUUAGACGGUACUUUGACGUACGCUCGCAAAGCUGUCACUUUGACAUCAGGUAGCCGCUCAUGCGCAAUGGCCGCUGAGGUUGGACUGCUGACCAGGAAUAUCAGAAUCGAAGGCGCAGACGAUCCGAUUGGCUCUGUGAGCAGCAAGGCUUACGGGGCAAGAGUGACAAUUGGGAAAUAUAGUGACCGCGCCGGAAAGGCCGCCAUCGAGAACGUGGAGUUCUCUCUCUGUGGACAGGAAGGCUGGAAUGAUUGGGAUGAUCCAAGAUACGCUUUGACGUACCUAAACCUCGAUGAUGUGACCUACCCAGAUAGUUUUGUGAAGGGCUGUUCCUUCCAUCACCUGCUCAAUACGGGCAUCGGCGUCCAUUUGACCAACAAGCUGCUUAUUCAGGACAAUGUGGUUCAUCACUCGAUUGAUGCGGGAAUUAAAAUGUCUGGCGAGAAAAGCAAGGCCAUUAGAAACUUAGUGGUCGAUUCUCGCUCUUUGCAGACCUUCAAUGGACGAAUUGAACCAGUCGCUGCUAUAUGGCAUGGCGCUUUCGAGACUCAUGAAGGCAAGCUCCACACGCUUAUUAAUAACACGGUUGCUGGCAGCGAGAGACUUGGUUUCAGGACGGACGGAGAGCCGUGCACUAGAGAAGAAUCCCCGGAUGUUCAGGACUGGUACGGGAAUGUUGUUCACGGCGCUUGGCACGGCAUUCAUAUUGGAUAUGAGGAGGGAUGCGAUGACUGCUCUAAGCUUUCAGGGUUCUGUACAUGGGGACACUUUGACUAUGGUAUUUUCACCUAUGGUCGAAGCAGCAUUAAAGUGCUUAACACCAUGGUGAUUGACAACGAUCACGGAAUCUUGCACAAUACCUGGGGGCCGCCUGCAGUCUCUCAUAAUUUUGCGGACAAGUUCUACGAGUUGAUCGAUAGCACGCUUGUAGGAACAAGUCCAGGGUAUAAGUGCAGCGACAACAGCAUUGUUCCAGAAGGACGCAAACCUUAUACAAAGUUUGGUGCAAAGAAGCCAAAGUCAGGUGGUAAGAUCGGUACAAGCAUAGGAUUCUUCGUAUCAAGUCCGGGUGCUGGACCAACUUUGUCUUGGGAAGGCCCUAUGUCGUACCCUGCCAUAUAUGGACAUACGCGAUUCCAAAACGUCGCCUUUGAGCACUUCACGGUGUCAUGUGACAAGCGCGACUUUGCCGUUGUCCCCAACUUGUGGGUGGGCGACAUUACCCAUCCGAUGGAUACCAAAGGUAUAACGUACAAUAACGUGGAUACAGAAUCCAUCAUAUACUUCAUUACGCCCACAACUCAGUGGAUCAACCCGUCAGAUUGCGUCGACAUGGACUGCGACGCCCGCCGACAGCUUCUCAUCAGAGACCUCGAUGGUUCAUUCUCCGGCCGAGCCAGUACCCUUAUCUCAAAAGCCGAAUAUGAGUGGGACGGAAAUCCAAGGUUUGGCCUUGGUGAUUAUCGCAUCCCAAGGACUGCACAGACCAACCCUGAUGGCUCGAGAAUAGACACUUCAGUGGCUUACCCCCAGAAGGGCAUCAUCCGAGGCAGCACGUGCACAUGGAAGAGCACGUGGUUCGCAUACCAGUGUACAGAACUCGACCAUAUAAUGUUAAUCAUAGAGAGUAUGGACCGUGACACAGAGACCCGCCGGCUCUCUCCAAUUGCCCUCAUCUCAGAAGGAUCAGUGAAUCUCUUGAACGGCCCGAUGGAUCACGGAUGGUGCCUUGGAUACACAUGCCAGGAGCGGAUCUCCACCUUCUACGGAAUCGUCGCCGCCGGCAAGAAUAUCCAGGUGUACAUGACUGGCAACGAGCCUCAGACGCUGCGCUUUCAUCUUCUUAAUGCUAAGCCUGAACAGGCAGUUACCGUGUCCAUGUUCUUCACCGAACCUCAGCGCAAAGACGUUUACGUAGAAGGUGUGUACAUCGCACCUAAGAACGCUAAGAUGGAAGAUGACUCGGUGACCCUACAACCUGUCCCCAGUGGCCAGUCACGUGACUACUGGUUCCCGAAACUCACGGAUACGAUCAACGGGGAGAACUACUUUGAACGCUCUUACAAAAUGCUCCACUUCUUAUUAAAGGGAAAGGAGUUUGUAGAGAUUCAGACCACACCCGUUAUUCAGUUGUCUCUGAGCCUCAAAGCAGUCAGCGUGGAUGAUUUCUUCAAGGAGAAUCUCGUGAAUAACCUCGCAGCUCUGCUUGAUAUUGAUAAAUCCAUGAUCCAGGUGAUGGACGUGGUUAGUGCAAGCAAACGUCGCCGCCGCCGAGCAACUGGUGAAACCACUUUUAUUAUCGUGAUAUCAGACCCGCUGCCAGCAGCCAACAAAACAGCUAACGCGACAUCGUCUGCAACAAACACAACAGCAAACACCACGUCGUUUGAAGAGUUGAAAGCGUUGACAGACAAAACAGUGGAGGCGGUGCAGAGUGGUGCGCUGGCCGAGAAAACUGGGCUUGUAGUUACUGGUGUUGAUGUCAAAGAGCCCGUCCCUCCCCCUGUAGAUCCAACUGGUGGCGUACGCGCUACUAACGGCUCAGUACCAACUAACAUAACUGGAGGAAUGACUUACGCUGAGAAGAUGGCGCUGCAAGAGGCGGCUGAAUCCAACAGCUCGUCCAUCAGUUUCUCGGUGCCUUGUAAACUUUCCUUUAUGGAAGGACCAAUCACCGAGAACGAGACCGUUCCUUUUGCAAGACAACCUAAGUUACAAAUCCUGGACUGCAACGACCGACCGGUGCUGAACCUGGGACUUAGCACAAACUGGACAGUCACUGCCAGGAUUAGAAACGGUUCCGGCGACGCUCUGGCGGAACUCAAUGGUACCCUCACCGUAGCAUUCGCCAACGGCAUCGCAGCCUUCACGGACCUCAGCGUAUCCCAUAGUGCAUCAGGCUAUAUCCUGGACUUUAGCGUGUCUUAUCCGCUGAACGCCAAGUUUGCUGUCUCGAGCAGUGCGUUUACCAUCAGAGAGAGGCUGUUGAGCUACGUUGUGUCUGUUCAGCCUGUGGGCGCAAACAAGACAGCGGCUUUCCGCGUGCAGCCUGUGGUGGAGGUUCGUGAUGCUGUGUCUGGACAACUGGUGGAGAACACCGGAUGGAAGGGACGAGUAUGGGAGGUGACGGCAAGUAUCGCCGAUCCCAUCAAAUACCCCGGCAACCUGAAUGGUACCACCACAGUGCGGUUCACCAAAGGCGUCGCCCGCUUCACCGACCUCAGCAUCGACACCCCCGGCACCGGGUAUGUCGUGAACAUGACCGUGUCGACCACGCCCUCGUCCAUGUACCAUGGCACCGCCCAGACCGAGGAGAUCACCAUCGAGGAGCCCUUGCUGUACACAAGCCGCAUUGAGGCCAUACUCAACCUGCAAUACGAGCUGACUAACGAGACAUUGGUGGGCGUGACCGGAAGUGAGCACAAGGCGCACCUGGAAUUACGCAUGGACAGCGGUGUUAUCCUGAAAGUCAAUGACUUCUCGCCUUACGCGAACCUGCUAACAUUCACAUCUAGUAACCCGUCAGCGGUCGCCGCCCAUCCAUCAUCCGGGAUCCUGACCCUCAAUGCGCAUGACAACAGCAAGGUCGCCAUUAGGGUGGUGGCUUCAUCUAAUGCCAGUAUCGCAGCCUCGUUCUCGUUCUACUCGAACCCUCAACCGGAUGUGGGAGAAGUCGAUAUUGGGGAAAUUAUCGGACCCGCGAUGUUUUCGCUCAGAAGUGGUCAAAUCUGGAACAUGCCCAUAAGAGUAAACCCAGGAUCUGGUCUUCUAGCCAUUCACAUCGAACUCAAAUUUGACACCAGCAAAGUCCAAAUGGAAGAAAUCACCACAGACCUACAAUAUGCGCACAUGGGAAAUACCAUUACCAUAUUUGGACCUGUUGAUGACGCCAACAGUCUAGCUACUGACAUUGGCACUGUCAAGGUCAAGGCUUUGACCACAGGUAUCCCGGAAAUGCUUCUAAAUCACUACCGCACGGUGAAUAAGGAGUUGGCCAUCAAACCCACUAAGAGCGCUGCAGGUCAAUGCUCCUCUCUACCGAAAGGUGAUGUGAACUUUGACUGUGCACUGGACAUUAUCGAUGUUGCGUACAUCAAGGGCUACGCUAUGUAUCUGAAGAACGGAUAUUUGGGCUCCGUGAUGGGCUCCGUGACGGCAGCUCAAAAGAAGGAAAUGGACGUUGACUGGAAUACCAAGGUUGAGGGUCGAGAUGCAUGGUUCCUGGCAGAAGUGUACCUGGACAGAGCAAAGUUUCUGACUGAGCUGGCUUUCAAGGUGCCUAGCAGCAGUCUUCCGGACUCUGACAGCACCAAGUGUAACCUGGAAUUUACCGCAAAGUUCCUGGACAAGGAUGGUUCUGCAGUCGAUUCAGGUACCCUGGAAGUGUACUAUGACUUCUCGUACCCUACAUUGAUUUUCCAGGAGCAUAUUAAAAACACCCCUUUCACAGUUGGAUCUGUAGCCGCUUUUAAAGACAAGACCAAGUUUUUUGGAGCAGUGAUCAAAUCUGAGGACUCCAAAAUCCAGUCAGUGAACUCCAAGCUCAAGGGUAAUGAAGUCGGGGUUUCUAUUAUACAAGUCGUUAAAACAGGAUCCACAAAACACGUGACACCCAUGUUCAGCCCCAGCUCCUCCGCAACCACAGCAGGCGUUACAUUGGAAACCGGUGUUGAGCUAACACUUACAAGCGGUUAUACCCCACAGCGCAUGCUCAACAUCGAGGAAACAACCAGUAACUGUAAAGAUCCCGAGGAAACCCACAAAUGCUUGUUGAUUUUCGAUGGAUCCUUUAAAGAUGUUGUUGAUGAUCAUGAGCAGUUCAAAUUGUCUGUCGAGAAGGCCCUGAAAGACAAGCACCCAGAUUGUAGCUGUAACUUUAACGUUAUCGAGGUAAAAGAAGGCAGUAUCCUUGUAACCGUCAACGUAACCAUGGCAUCAUCCCUUAAGGACACUACUUUGACUUCCCUUUACACAAACGUCAAGAAUGGCAUGACUGUCACACAUAAUGGUCACACAAUCACCACAAGACCUUAUAUGGAAGUCAACGGCGAGAAAUAUGUGCCACAGUCUAUGGAAAUCGAGGAAAGUGGACUAAAAACGACGUACAUAAUUGUUAUCGUUGUUGUUGUCGUCUGCUUGAUAAUUCUCGCAAUCGUUGCUACAAUCUUCUACCGCAAGAGAAAGAGCAAGACCAAGGUGAAUCCACCUUCUGCGACAGAUUUGAAAGAGGCUCAUGAUAAUGAAUGGGACCCUCAGCUAGAGUACAAGAUUCCUUCCAAAUCAUCGUUACGCACAUCUGCUGAUCUGGACGACGAUGAAAUCGACGCCAUUUCCUUGGAACACAUGGAUGUGGGGGAUACGACGGUGAUCUCAUCUGUCAAUCACAAGCCCCGUAUUGUCAAGGCCUUCUCAACUCAUGCUACAACACAGAGUAACUCACCCCUCCCCCUUGCCUUGGAUGCGAGGCGACAAUCUGCAACACUGACGCAAGACGACAAUUGUGAUGACAGCGCUGAAAAUCAGUCCGGACACCUCCAGGUCACGCCCCAGAUGUUAUACGGGCUGAGAACUCCCUCCCCGAGUGGUAGCCGUGGUUCGUUACCGAACACAGUGGAAGCGAAUGAUGAUGAUGAUGAGGUAGAUCUGGCGGAGUCUGGCCAAGAGGAAAAGCUGACGGGAGUCGUCAUGAAAGCCAUGAAUGAGAACAAAGGAGAAAAUCGCAUGACGUUGUACCGUGAGAUGUCAGUCAACAUAUUGCGGCCAAGUAUCGAGCACGGAAACCUUGCCCACAACGUUGGCACGGUCAAUGCCAAUGUCUUAGGGAGCCUUGAAGAGCUAAGGCGUGACAUGCGUGACGUCAUGUCACACAAACAGGCGUCACGCUUCGUGUUCGUCGACAGUAAAAUGAAAGUCAUCGCCCCACGUCGCGAGGGACUGGUGAUGGUUGGUGAUGUGUUCAAGAGAACUAUCCGAAUCAAAGUCCUUCAUGGAAGAGAGCGAAUCAACGACUUUUGUCCAUGUGGUCUUGUCGCCAAUCAGCGCUGCCAGGAGUGUGACGUACAAGGCUACUGCAGCGAUGCAUGCCGGGAGGAGGACAGCAUCAAUCACACGACUCGAUGCAAACUGGACAAGAAACAGCAAAUCCAGGCCAUGAAAUUCGAUAGCCUUGGGAAACUGAAGAAAGGGGGAGUGUGAGCACUGGGAUGUAUAGGAUAAAGUAUUUCCGCACUCGUUUGAACUUAGAUAAGCGCAUGCGCUCCAGUGAGAAUCAUAAAAUUACGUACUCUUGCGUCUUAGAGAACCAUCAGCCUACAUUCUGCCCCUUUAAUUGGAAGAUCCUAUCCUUAGUUUGUGUUCCGAGUGUCUUGCGUAAUUUAUAUCCCCAUGGAGCGUAAUAGAGAGAGACACACUUUCAAAGACAUACAUACAAAGAUCACAUAGAAAGAUCCAUAACAAAGGAUACUUUGAUAUAUUUUGUAUCAUGUAUCCAAGCACUCUAUUCAAAUAUCAUAAAAAUGCAUGGGCUAUAACUUUAUGAAUUUGACACGUUUGAUAGCCAUAUGGGAAACAAAUUAUAAUUUCAACAUGUGAGGCUCCCAGUACCAUCCACUUGCUAGACAUGGCAACAAUACGCGCGUUGAAUGAGUGUGGAUCUGUAGAUAGACAACCACAGGGGCUCAUAAGUAGGGGCAAUCAAUUUCCUCACAUUCUUGUAUUAUAUAAGUGUCACGGCGUUUCCUAGGAUCAGGCUAUUUUUAGACGCGCGGAUUAGCCAAUCAGAUGCGACCUUAGUGCUUACGUUUUGGCAGAGCUCAACUGCACGCGCAGUCUCAGACAAAAAGCUAUGUUUUCUCUUCGGUACUUUGACUUUUGUUGCUCUCUUCUUCAAUAAUGAAUCCGACUUUACCUACGAAUCUAAAUUCUGGCUUGCAAUUCUUUUGUUGAACAAACAAAACCGAGGGAUGAUAGAUAAAGAAAUAUUCUUCUUAACUGAAAUUUGCGCGUGCUCGUGCAGGCUCACGUCACUAGCGCGCGCGACCAACGUCAACGUAGCUGAUUGGCCCGUUCGUGCGCGCGCGUCUAAAAAUAGCCUGAUCCCAGGAAACGCCGUGACACUUAUAUAAUACAGAUGAUUGCCCCUUCUUAUGAGCCCCUGACAACCACUAAUAUAGUGGUCAUACACACGUUUUUACAGUUAUGGUGCACAGAUCAUUGCGUAUGUGACACAAUAAAAGUUUUAUCACAAA